CUCCUCCUCACUGUUUGGACUCUUCCGUUUCACAUCUGAACAAAUGUGAUAGUUGGAGAAGAGUUGUUGAUGUGAGGACUGCUGUAUCCCCAGUCCAAAGAGAUCUGCUCCUCCUGGAUCAGCUCAGAUAAGCAAAUGGAUCCGAAAGAGCUGAGUGACCCCCUGAACAACGUGUCACUGAUUAAAGAUGAUCUAACCAGGUCAAACAUGGGCUCGUCCGGUGAUGCCGAAAAAACUAUCCAGCGGCUCAAUGACGAACUCCGAGAGGCUCAAGAGCUGGCCAACACGGAGAAGCAUAAAUACAUGGAGCUGCAGGGACUGCUGGAGGAAGAGAGAAAUGAAAAUAAACAACAAGCUGAUGAGUCAGCGAGACAGAUCAAACUUCUUCAAGGCCAGCUGCUGCAGCUUCAAGGUGAGACGGACGCCCUCAGACAGCAGAUCGAUGCCUCGUCCGGUUCGCGCGACGAGCUGCAGAGCGCGCGCGAUGAGGUGAAGUCCCUGAAACGUGCCCUGGAGGCCGCCGCCGCCGAGCGGGACCGCGACGUCGCCGCUCUCCAGUCCAACCUGGCGACCAUCUCCGGGGAUCUGGACAAGUGGCGCCAGACCGCCAGCAGAUACGAGCGCGAGAUCAGCGGCCUGCAGCAGGACCUUCAGCAGCAGAGCAAACAGUGGCAGAAGACUGCAGAGAUACAGGCCGGCGAGCUGCAGUCCAUCCAGGCGGAGUGCAGUGGCCUUCAGAAGGAGUGCUCGGCGCUGCGGUCCGAGAGGCAGGACGCCGUGAACAGGCAGCAGAAGGAGAAGAAUGCUCUGCAGAGCGAGUGCGCCUCCCUCAAGGCUGAGAAAGAGGAGCUCCUCAAGGCUCACCAGAAAGAGAAGGGCAAACUGCAGGGCGAGGGUGCUGCGCUGCGCACGGAGAAGGAGGCGGCGCUGCAGAAGCAGCAGCAGCUGGAGAAGGACCUUACCAGCUUGCGUGCCCAGAAUGCCGAGCUCAACGGCAGCCUCAGAGGCCUGGAGAGAUCCCAGCAGGAGCUGGAGGAGAAGCUGCAGGCCCUGAAGCUGCAGCACCAGCAGGACAGCAGCAAGCUGCAAACACAACUGGAGGAGGCGAACAGCCGCAGCGUGGCUCUGCAGUGUGAGUGUGAUGAGGCGAAGACGGAGCUGUCAGACCUGAAGGCCAAAUAUGAGAAGAGCGAGCAGGAAAGAGAGUCGACGGCAGCCGAGCUGGAGGAGUGCAAAGCCGGCAUGAAGGAGCUCCAGGACAAAGGAGCGAAGACCUCCCUAUUGCUGCCUGUUCAAGCCAUAGUCAUCGGUCUUAUCCUGGCUUUGCUGUAUUGGUGCUUCGGCGCAUUGUGGUAGUAAGAAGCUGUGGAUGAUCUGGGGGCCGGUGGCUGCCGUGGCUCUGACAGCUGUGACUGCGGCUGUCCUCUUCAGGACCUGAGGGCAACACACACACACACACACACACACACACGCGCGCAAAGGCACAGAUGAACCCUUAUUUGUCAUCAGAUGUCAGUACUUGCUCCCUUAUCAUAUCUGCACUGUUACUUAGGGGGGCUCCUGUUUAAAUGGGUUUAAUUCUUAAGAUGCUCUAUUUUAGAUGGAAGAGAAGUUUUUCAGUGUGAAUCAGUAUGUCUGGUACUUGAAGGUCAUCUAGUUGGGUUGUGUUUUGUUUACCUUUUAACUUAUAGAGUUAUCCAAUAAUGAAUGUAAGCAUAAUUUUCUAUUCUAGGCAUCUGUUUUAGGAGUUUGAUUCUCUCUUAAUGUAGCACAUCUGUGCAAUCAGAAUAAUAAAGAUUAUCAGAGUCAAAUGGCCUGUGAUGGAUGUUGACUGUUGGAGAUGAGUAACAGUGGAUCAGUGUGAGAACAGAAAGCGGCUUCGCCCAGCAGGACUUUUUUUUUCUCCUUACUUUUUCAAUGGAGCGUCACUAAACACAACCCGAGCCUUUAGAGUUAUCUUCCUCGCUGAUAUGAUUGAUAUCUUGACUGCAGAUAAGGUGCGAGUAUUUGACUUCUGCUUUCCAUUGAAGAUAAACGAAGAUGAAGUUUCCUUAAACUGCGUCAUUUGACUCAGCAGCUCGGCCUCUUUAACGAUUUUAUUUGAAUUCCGCAGCAUCACUGUGCCAAUGAUGAACUCAUAUUUAACUAUCGAUCCUUAACUGCUCAUCAUCUGUACACAAAAGGAGAGUCGGGGUCUCGUCACAUGCCAUAAAGUUCACUUUAAGUAGAUUCUCUUCCACGUUUUAGCAGCAGCCUCAAGUUUGGAUUUAUUGAAUCGAUAUGUUGCUAAUCUGAUAAAAGUCCAAAGUUAAAUUCUUGUUCACUCGUUCUAUUGGUUUUAUUAACGUUUGCAUGCAUUUUAGGAGUUAUUGGAAAAUGUUUAAUUUUUCAUUACAUAUAUGAAUUAAUUUGAUGUAAUAAAGAUAAUUUUGAAUCUUUUCCCCUGUAAAUAACUACAAAGUCUAUGUAUUUUGUAAGCAGUUGAAGGUUCUAGUUUCUUGGAUUUAAAGAUUAUGAAUAAUUGCUCUAAAAUGUUAAAGUGACCUCAAAUAAAGUUUAUUGCACCU